AAAUGACAACAACAGGGUAUAUAUAGCCUUACCCAUGCAUCAGGUUGUACAUUACAUGCAACAUCUCAUCGCAGGCUGAUCACUCCUAAAGCUGACAUGGAAGAACUUUGUAAGAUCCUCCUUACCGGUGGAGCUGGUGCCUGGAAUGUGUUCCUGACUCGUUCUGCUCUGGCUGCUGUUCUGCCUGUUCUUCUGGCUGCCCUGGGUUUCACCUCAGGUGGAAUAGCAGCAAGCACCAUUGCUUCCAUAAUAUAUUAUGCAAGUACUUUUGGAGGAGGCAUGACAUUUGGGAGUCUGGUGGAAACCUUGCUGUCAUUGGGAGCAGGAACUGUAUUUACAUCCGGCGCUGGAGGAGUUGCAGGCUGGCUGAUAUCAUCCAUCUGUAACACGACUGAAACCAACUAAAGAUUUACAGUAUAAAUAUUCACCUGAUUUACUCUUUAGCAAAGGGAGACAACUACAAAUGAUGUUUUUGCUGUAGUGUGAUAAAUCUGAUUCACCUGAAUUAAAUGUUUCCGUGUGUGCCACACACUUAGCUUAAAACAUCUUUCAAGAAGCAAGUAUAUAUAAUAUGUUUUGACACCAUUUAACUGACUCUGGAGGCAGCUAAAAUGCUUUUGUGCUCUUGGGAUAUAUUUAUCUUCUCAUAAUGUCCAAUUCUGAUCAAGUCAAAA